ACCGCCAGAGCGAACAGCUGGUCUGUCUGUACACCCUCGUGCGACAGCCACCUCGACCUAUCCACCUCCCUCCACACAAUGGCUCAGCAGAGAGGCCCUUCUUACGGCCUUGGCGCCGGCGGUCCCCCGUCCUUCGGCGGCCCGAGUGCAGACACCUCCGAGUCCAGCCCCUUGGACAUGAUCCGUCAACAGACGAGCAAGAUUGAGGACUUUCUCGACUCCGUCAGCGAGCCCAUCAAGCCUCACCUGCCCGUGAUUGGCCGCUUCCUUAUCGUCGUCACCUUCCUCGAGGAUGCCAUUAGAAUCGUUACCCAGUGGAGCGACCAGCUCCUCUAUCUCCACGACUACCGCCACAUUCCCUCCGGUAUCACGCACCUGUUCCUCAUCGUCAAUGUUCUCGCCAUGGUCGCCUGCUCCAGCCUCGUCAUCAUCCGCAAGUACUCUGACUACGCCGUCGCCGGCCUUAUGGGCGUUGUCGUCACCCAGGCCCUCGGAUAUGGCCUGAUCUUCGACCUCAACUUCUUCCUGCGCAACCUGUCCGUCAUUGGCGGUCUGCUGAUGGUCCUCUCUGACUCGUGGGUUCGCAAGAGCAAGGCCUUUGCCGGCCUGCCCCAGCUUGACGAGAAGGACCGCAAGAUGUACUUCCAGCUUGCCGGCCGUGUCCUGCUCAUCUUCCUCUUCGUUGGCUUCAUCUUCAGCGGCACGUGGUCUAUCUGGCGCAUCAUCACCUCCAUCAUUGGCUUCGUCGCUUGCGUCAUGGUUGUCGUCGGCUUCAAGGCCAAGUUCAGCGCCACCCUGCUCGUCCUCAUCCUCAGCAUCUUCAACAUCCUCGUCAACAACUUCUGGACUCUGCACGAGCACCACCCCCACAAGGACUUCGCCAAGUACGACUUCUUCCAGAUCCUCUCCAUCGUCGGCGGUCUCCUCCUGCUCGUCAACUCCGGCCCCGGCCAGUUCUCCAUCGACGAGAAGAAGAAGGUUUACUAAACAGCGGAGGACGAGAAGCAACCAAAGCCCAGCCCCGAAAGGGGGCGGGAAGUCUUGAAGGGAGAAAAAACAAAGAAGACGAAGGCCAACAAUAUUAUGGGGUCGGUUUCUUGGCAUUUCAAACGGCAUUAAAAAUGGUUGCACCUUUUGUCCCGCUCUGCGAUUGCGUUUGGGCGCGGUUCGCGGGAGUCACAUUGCAGCAUAUAUGACGGGUAGACGCAGAAGGUUCUAUAGUGGAUACUGAAAGUUCAAGCUGCGCGCUUGGGAAUGGAG